AUGAAUAUUCUCAUGAAGCUCGCGAUAAAUAACGGCAUAAGCAAUUAUGUCUUCGUUGUUUAUCGCAGUGGAGUUGCAUCCUUGUUUAUGGGUCCAAUUGGAUUUUUUGUUGCUAGGAACAUAAGCCCAGCAAUGACAAGCCGUAUAUUCAGAAAGAUAAUUGUACUGAGUCUGCUAGGGAUCAUUCUCGUUGAGAAUAUAUACUACGCAGGGAUGAAACUCACCACGUCAACCUUUGCCACGGCUUUGUCCAAUACAAUCCCUACCAUCACCUUCGUAUUGGCUAUUAUUUUCAGAAUCAAAAUAAUGGAUCAUUCAUCUCCACAACAUUCCACCACCACCACUCCCACCCCCACAACAAAUACUCAACAAGAAAUAGAACUUCCUCCCUCCUCCACCACCACCACCACCCCCACCACAACAAACUCCCCACCACAUUCACCACCACCCUUCUCUCAAGCAAUAACAGAGACAGAAGCCUUCACACAAUAG